GUCGGCAGCGGCGAGCGCAAAAUGGAGGCGCUGAUUCUGGAGCCAUCUCUGUACACGGUGAAAGCUGUCAUCAUCCUGGAUAACGAUGGCGAUCGGCUCUUUGCCAAGUACUACGACGACACGUACCCCAGCGUCAAGGAGCAGAAAGCCUUUGAGAAGAACAUCUUCAACAAGACCCACCGCACAGACAGUGAGAUCGCUCUGCUGGAGGGGCUCACUGUUGUCUAUAAGAGCAGCAUUGACCUCUACUUCUACGUCAUCGGCAGCUCCCAUGAGAAUGAGCUGAUGCUCACAGCCGUCCUCAACUGCCUCUUCGACUCACUCAGCCAAAUGCUGCGGAAGAACGUGGAGAAGCGGGCGCUGCUGGAGAACAUGGAGGGGCUCUUCUUGGCUGUGGAUGAGAUCGUGGAUGGAGGGGCGAGGAUGUGCCCCUCACAGAGCAGACAGUUUCUCAGGUGCUGCAGUCGGCGAAGGAGCAGAUCAAGUGGUCGUUAUUGCGCUAACGCGGGCCCCCCCCCCGGACCCCCCCUGCACCCCAAAAAACACACCGUGCCCCCCCCACUGCUGUGUGCUGCUUCGUCUCUACCUGUGCCAUUCCCCCCCCCCGGUGACGCACACGUGGGGCGAUGGGGACACGGUGACACCACACACGGGGGGGGGGCUCAGUGCCACCCCCACCCCCCCAAAAUAGCAGUCCAGGCUCAAACCUCGUCUGUUUAUUGGGGCAAAGCGGGGUGGGGGACGGACAGACAGACGUGGGGAGGGUGACGGCUGCUGUCCCCCCCCCGCAACAAAAAACAACCAACAAAACACCAAAAACUGUUAACUCCC